UAUCGAUUUACAUCAUAUGUUGGUCACACAGCAUUUGUUUUUUGUUCAACAAACUUUACUUAUCUUAUAAAAAAUCAUUUUUGUAGAGCUCAAUUAAAAUAUAUAUGGUAUUCUGAAAAAUCGGGAGUAAAAGUGCGAGUAAGUAUUAGUUCCUAAAAUCGAAGACGACGAAGAUCGACCUUCUGAGUUUUGAUCACUGGAAGACCACCAAGAGUUCCAUAUAACAUUACGAUUGGAUGCUUGUGGACUGACAACCAAUAUGAUGGACCCGACUGAACAUGAUACUAGCGACACCACCACGGAAGGGGCAGUAGUACAACAACCCGAAUUGCCAGAAAAUAAUACGUCGACCUCUCCUACUCCUCCCACGAUGCAACCAUUCCCCGACGUUGUGGUUUCUGGCUUUUUGGAUAACUUCAAACUGGAGCUGACUCAUGUAUCUCAAGAAAUACGAAAUUUAACUGACGAACAAAGCAAACUCUUGGAGAAAGUCGGAGAGCACAAUGGAGUAUUACAAAACAGUCCGGAUAUGACACAACUGAUUGCCGUGAUGGACGAAAUGAAAGGGGGUAUGGAUAGACUUGCUAGGCUACGACAUGACAUGUCAGUGGUACAUGAGAGAAGUGAGAAACUGAGGAAUCGGGCAGAGAAAUUGGAGUCCUUCUGUAAAAAUGCUCAAAAGAAGGAAGACGAUCUUGUAGCUAAAUUGGACAAACUGGGAACUGGUGACCAGGCUUAAUUUUUUGACUAGUGGUUAUUUCCUAUCAUGAAUCAUGUAAAUACACUUUGCUUACUUUAGUGAUUAUGACAAUUGAAGUUUAUGUGGUGUUGUACAUUUAUGAUCUCUUGUAAAGCCUAAUCUAAUCAUUCCAUUCGAGAGUGAAAGCAUUUUGAAUAAUAAAGUUGCAGUAAAUCAGUGUGCCUA